CCAUUGUACUUGCUGUUUCAUCUACCUAUCCAUGUCCAAACUCAACUUUUCGUGCUCCUUUCUCCUGCAGGCCCGUGACCGAGGUGUAGACUAAGAAGUGGAGUCAUGCUUCACACCGCCAUAUCAUGUUGGCAGCCAUUCCUGGGUCUGGCUGUGGUGUUACUCUUCAUGGGAUCCACCAUCGGCUGCCCUGCUCGCUGUGAGUGCUCCGCCCAGAACAAAUCUGUUAGCUGCCACAGAAGGCGGCUGAUCGCCAUCCCAGAGGGCAUUCCCAUCGAGACCAAAAUCUUGGACCUCAGCAAGAACAGGCUGAAAAGUGUCAACCCUGAGGAAUUCAUAUCAUAUCCUCUGCUGGAGGAGAUAGACUUGAGUGACAAUAUCAUCGCCAAUGUGGAGCCAGGAGCAUUUAACAAUCUCUUUAACCUUCGUUCCCUCCGCCUAAAAGGCAAUCGCCUAAAGCUGGUCCCUUUGGGAGUAUUCACGGGGCUAUCCAACCUCACCAAGCUGGACAUUAGUGAGAAUAAGAUUGUCAUUUUACUGGACUACAUGUUCCAAGACCUUCAUAACCUGAAGUUUCUAGAAGUGGGGGACAAUGAUUUGGUUUACAUAUCACACAGGGCCUUCAGUGGGCUGCUGAGCUUGGAGCAGCUCACCCUGGAGAAAUGUAACCUAACAGCAGUACCAACAGAAGCCCUCUCCCACCUCCGCAGCCUCAUCAGCCUGCAUCUGAAGCAUCUCAAUAUCAACAAUAUGCCUGUGUAUGCCUUUAAAAGAUUAUUCCACCUGAAACAUCUAGAGAUUGACUAUUGGCCUUUACUGGAUAUGAUGCCUGCCAAUAGCCUCUAUGGUCUUAACCUCACAUCCCUCUCCAUCACCAAUACCAACCUGUCCACUGUUCCCUUCCUUGCCUUUAAACACCUGGUAUAUCUGACCCAUCUUAACCUCUCCUACAAUCCCAUCAGCACUAUUGAAGCAGGCAUGUUCUCUGACCUGAUCCGCCUUCAGGAGCUCCAUAUCGUGGGGGCCCAGCUCCGCACCAUUGAGCCUCACUCCUUCCAAGGGCUCCGCUUCCUUCGUGUGCUCAACGUGUCUCAGAACCUACUGGAAACUUUGGAAGAGAAUGUCUUCUCCUCCCCUAGGGCUUUGGAGGUCCUGAGCAUCAAUAACAACCCACUGGCCUGUGACUGCCGUCUCCUCUGGAUCCUGCAGCGGCAUCCCACUCUGCAAUUUGGCGGCCAGCAGCCCAUGUGUGCUGGUCCAGACACCAUCCGUGAGAGAUCCUUCAAGGAUUUCCAUAGCACUGCCCUUUCUUUUUACUUUACCUGCAAAAAACCCAAAAUCCGUGAAAAGAAGUUGCAGCAUCUGCUAGUGGAUGAAGGGCAGACGGUCCAGCUAGAAUGCAAUGCUGAUGGAGACCCUCAGCCUGUGAUUUCCUGGGUGACCCCUCGAAGGCGUUUUAUCACCACCAAGUCCAAUGGAAGAGCCACCGUGUUGGGUGACGGCACCUUGGAAAUCCGCUUUGCCCAGGAUCAAGACAGUGGGAUGUAUGUUUGCAUCGCUAGCAAUGCCGCUGGGAACGACACCUUCACAGCCUCUUUAACGGUGAAAGGAUUCACUUCAGAUCGCUUCCUUUAUGCCAACAGGACCCCUAUGUACAUGACUGACUCCAAUGACACCAUUUCCAAUGGCACCAAUGUCAAUACCUUUUCCCUGGACCUUAAAACAAUACUGGUAUCUACAGCCAUGGGCUGUUUCACAUUCCUGGGAGUGGUUUUAUUUUGUUUUCUCCUCCUUUUUGUGUGGAGCCGAGGGAAAGGCAAGCACAAAAACAGCAUUGACCUUGAAUAUGUACCCCGAAAAAACAAUGGUGCUGUUGUGGAAGGGGAGGUGGCUGGACCCAGGAGGUUCAACAUGAAAAUGAUUUGAGGGUCUACCGUUCACACUAUUGUUUCUGUGUCAUUGUGGGUAACCAG